AUGGGUAACGGCCAGGGGAAAGUGGCCGACCUGACUGGCGAAGUGAAUCUCAACCACUUUCGCCUGCUUCGAGUUGUCGGCCGCGGUGCCUUUGGCAAGGUCCGCAUCGUCGAGAGAAAAGACACCAACCUAUCGUUUGCGCUGAAAUACAUUCGGAAAGAUGAAGUUGUCCGGUCCGAAAGCGUACGCAACAUCAUUCGCGAACGACGCAUGCUCGAACACGUUAACCACCCGUUCAUCUGCAAUUUGCGAUACAGCUUCCAAGAUAUCGAGUAUAUGUAUCUCGUUGUCGACCUGAUGAGCGGCGGCGAUCUUCGGUUUCACAUCUCCCGCAAAACAUUCACCGAAGACGCCGUGCGCUUCUGGAUAGCCGAGCUAGGAUGUGCCCUGCGCUACGUCCACGGCCAAGGCAUCAUCCACCGUGACGUGAAACCGGACAACGUCCUGUUGGAUGCUGAUGGCCACGUCCACCUGACAGACUUUAAUGUUGCUUCCGAUAUCGUCCCCGGUCGGACGUUGACGAGCAAAUCUGGAACACUCGCGUAUUUGGCACCGGAGGUCUAUGCCGGCCGCGGUUAUGAUGUCCGCGCCGACUGGUGGUCAUUGGGCGUCACAUUUUACGAGUGCAUAUACAGCAAGCGUCCGUUUGAGGGGAACACAGAAUCGUCUCUUGGUGCAACGAUUCAAAACGCACAGCCAAACUUCCCCAUCACAUCACCACCCGUCAGCCUCCCAUGUCUCUACGCCAUCCGCGACGCCCUGCACCCGGAUCCUGACAUGCGCCUCGGCUCCACUUGGGAGAGCUUCACCCGGCACGAGUUCUUUUCCCAGAUCGACUUUAUUGCCCUCGAGCGGAAAGAGAUUGAACCCGUCUUUAUCCCAUCGGCAGACAAGACCAACUUUGAUGCCACGUACGACUUGGAAGAGCUUCUGUUGGAAGAGGCGCCGUUGGAGGCACGUGCUCGCCGCCAAAAGCCACGGGAGCGCCUCAAGGACGAUGCGACCGACAAGGAGAUUCGUGAAGACGAGCUGUACCGCACCAUCGAGAGAGACUUCCGUCCUUUCGACUACACGCUGGCUGCGUACAAGAAAUUGACUGCCGAGGAGGAGCUGAGGGUACAUGGUCAACACGUUGUGCCCUUCGACGAGGAUGCCAACGAUCAACCGCCGCAGCCGCAGGCAAUCACGACGGACGAGGCGCUUCCGGCAUCGCGUGCUAGCAACAGCAACAGCAACACAUCCGACCCGCGGGACUACAACCUUGACUAUGCCAACCUGCAAUCUCCCGAUCCCCAUAGACGGGCAGCACCGCCCGGCCGCCCGCCCCCAUUGCCACCAUACCCCAACCCAUACACAAACUCCGCCCGCAACAUCAGCAGCCGCCCAGGACGCCACCUUGGCCAUGUGCCGAGCGGCAGCAUUGUGGUCGGCAGCUCGACAGGCGGUGUGCAGGUGCGGCUGGACGGCGCCGGCGACUGGUCUGAGCUGGCAAGACAGGACAACACGCUCCCCACCGAUGCAGCUGUCGGCCGCCUCCUUGGCGAGGGCGGUGAUCCCGGAGCGGACGGUAAGGAUGCUGGCGGCGGUGGCGGCGUGUUUGGUUUCUUAAGCCGCAAAAAGGGCCGUGGAAACAGCCCGAAGCCCAAGGAACGCGGUGUGCUGGGCAAGGAAGGUGCUCGUGUGGUGAUUGGGUGA